UCGAAAGAGCGAUCGUGCCCAGAUUUUUUUACCGUCAAUAUUUUUAAAUAUAAAAAGUAUAAACUCGCCUGGUUUCCACUUCAAAGUAAUUUGUUAAGUUUUGAGUUUCUUUCAUCAAAAUGGAAUCUACCUCAGAGGUACCUGAUGACUGCUGUCUAGUAGCUGAUGAAGCAGAGAAAGAAGCCUUAGCCUUGAAAAUUUUCAAAGAAACAAUUGCAGAAAUUGAAAGUCAUCUGGCACAUAAAGCACAGCUAAGAAGUAGACUACACACAACAGUCCAGAAUCGACCAGAAGAAUCCUACUUCUCAAAACUAGAUUCAAGUAUCAAGAAGAAUACAGCUUUUGUGAGAAAGCUAAAGAACUUUACAGAAGCCCAGAAAGAGAGCAUUUUGAAAGACAUCAACACACUGAACCUGACUAAAUACAUCAGUGAAGUUGCUAAUGCUAUUGUCGAAGCAAAAUUAAAAAUGACUGAUAUUGCUAGCAUUCUGCAAGUAUGUGUUGUUCUCCAUGAAAAGUAUGCUGACUUUGCCCCUCAACUUCUUGAGGCAUGGCAAAAAAUUCUUUCAUUGAAAAAAGAGGAAAAGGUUUCAAAUCCUAGUAAGAUGAGAGUUGAUGUUCGUUUUUAUGCAGAUUUGAUAUCUUGUGGAGUCUUGACUCCUAAAGAAGGUCUUCCUUUGCUGGGCAGUUUUCUCACCAAUCUUAUUCACGGCGAUAAGGAAGAACAUAACAGUGCCACCAUCAUUCUUGCGUUUUGCAAAUUCUGCGGGGAAGAUUACGCAGGUCUCGUUUCACAAAAAUUAUUGAAUGAUGCUGAGCGCUUUAAAAUGACGGUUCCGACUAGCAAUUGGUUACCACCUGACAAACGUCAAAAUGUUCGAAACCUAUUACGUGAAUACUAUUCAUCUCUUUGUAAACAUCUCAUUCAGGAUCACAAAGAGCUACAGAACUUUGAAAGACAAAACCGACGAAUCUUACAAACUAAAGGAGAACUGAGUAACGAACGCAAAGAAAAACAGGAGGUGCUAAACCAGAAUUUUGCAAAACUUUUGAACAUGAGUCAGCAGUUUGCAGACAUUUUGGCAGAGGAGUUGCCAGAACUACGACAGGACCUUAGCCCCAGAGACGAAGAGUGUUCCGUGCUCGAACUGUGUGAAAAUAUGUCGGACCAAGCACGUGAAACUCUAAAUGAACUUUUGUGGGAGAACGAGGAAGCAAGACAGUUUUACGAGAAUCUACCCAAUCUGAGUGUCUAUUUGCCCAACUUGGUUCCCAAAGUUACCAUGGAAGCUCCACCUCUCCCUGAUCCUGCCGAACAGAUGAUUGAUAUUGAAAAAGAAGCCAAAGAAAUAGAGGAAGGGGAACAAGCCAAGGAAGAAGGCGACGAAGAUAUCAAGCCUGCAGAGUUAGAAGACGAAAAAGAGGAUGUUGAUGUUCCAGUCAGCCUACAGUCCAACAAAGUACUCCUGGAUAGUUUCCUUACCACCCUAUCCGCCUGCGUUAACCGAGAAAUGAUCGAUUCUGCGGCUAUUGAGUUUUCCACAAAUCUUAACACAAAACAUAAUAGAAAAAAGCUCGUCAGGGCCCUAUUUACUGUCCAGCGGACGCGAUUGGAUCUCCUACCCUUCUAUUCUCGUUUGGUGGCCACCUUGCAUCCGUAUAUCCCAGAAGUGGCAACGGAUUUGUGCAAUUUUCUUAGACAGGAUUUUAAAUAUCAUGUUCGGAAGAAGGAUCAAAUAAACAUCGAGACCAAGGUGAAAAUUGUUCGGUUUAUCGGAGAACUAACCAAGUUCGGCAUGUACCCGCGGGCAGACACGUUACAGUGCUUUAAGCAGCUUUUGCUAAACUUCGCUCACCACUACAUUGAAAUGACCUGUCAUCUGCUUGAAACGUGUGGACGUUUUUUGCUCCAUCAGCCGGAUUCCCACCAGCGCACAAAAGUCUAUUUGGAUCAAAUGAUGCGGAAGAAGUCAAUGCUCGCAUCAGACUCGCGUUAUCUGACGAUGAUAGAGAACGCUUACUAUCAGGUCGUCCCUGUGGACAGCAGUUCACGGAGUAGUCAUAUCAAGAUCCGUCCUCCACUUCAUCAGUAUAUCCGUCAACUUCUUUUUGUGGAACUCGGCAACAAGGGAUCUACCAAUAAAAUCCUCAAACAACUGCGAAAGCUCAACUGGAAAGAUCCUGACGUAGCAACGUACGCCGUUCGAUGCUUAACGUCUGCGUGGAAAGUCAAGUUCCCCAACAUUCGUACAUUGGCUGGUGUCGUGGCUGAAUUGACGCUCUAUCAAGAGUUUGUUGGCCACCGAAUCGUGGACGCUGUCUUGGAGGACAUUCGAUGGAGUCUGGAAUUCCCCAUAUCCAAAUUCAAUCAAAGACGCGUGAGCAUGGCAAAGUACCUGGCAGAGUUAUACAACUACCGCAUGGUAGAGUCAUCGGUCGUCUUCAAAGUUCUCUACACCUGCAUCACCUUUGCGGUUAGUUACGAUCGUAACGUUGAAUCAGAGUUGGAUCAGCCCGAUAACCUUAUGCGCUUGCGGUUAGUCUUGACCAUCCUUGAUACGUGUGGCGUCUUCUUUAGUUCUGGACUAGCCAAGAAGCGGCUGGACUGUUACCUUGUUUACCUUCAGUACUAUCAUUUGUUCAAAAGGUCUUUACCUAUUUGGACAGAGGACAAUCCCUUCCCAGUAGCAAUAGAUUUUGGCAUUAAGGAUAUGCUGUUAUCGCUGCGCCCGAAACUUAAGCCUUAUAAAACCUUACAAGAAGCUGCUGAUGCUGUGGAAAAUUUGGAAAAGGAGUUGAUGAACAAGCUUUCGCAAGCUAUGCCGGAGUUACGGAUGGAUAUGGUAACGGCUGACGACACGUUGGCCUGUAUUGAAGAAGAGGACAUGGAGGAAGGGGAGGAAAUGCCGGAAGUGGAUGAUGAUUCUAUAAAUGAUGAGCAGUCGCUUUCGCGUUCCAUGUCCCAGAUGACGACACGCGGUGAAGCCACCCAACCGGACGAUGAUUCGGCCACUGCAGAGGAUGACCGUUGCGUCGUAACUGCCCCGCGAAAGGCGCUAUGCCCUGAAGAUGACGAUUUCAUGGCAGCUCUUGAUCGUAUGGUGGCCGAAAAUAUUCAUGAAGCAUAUUCGCGUGGCAAAGAAGCUAGCAAAGCACCAGCUGUCGAUAUUGCAAUCCCUUGGCAGGUUAAGGCCUCGCUUAAGAAACCCAGUGAUGGGUCCGAUAAAAACUUUUUGGGCGAUUCCAUUGGAGGUGAACUAGGAGGAGCCUUGGCUGCUGCCGAAGCUUCUUCCGCUUGUGCAGCUGUUGCUUCAUCUCCUCCGUCGGCAUCUCAGGACAAUCCGACUGUGAAUUUCUUCCUAAUGACGCGUAAAGGCAAUAAGCCACAGUUCAAGAAUCUGGCCCUGCCUUCAGACUCUGAACUUGCUCAGAACCUUCGAAAUCGCGAAGAGGCGGAAAAAGCAGAGAAAGAACGCGUGAAAAAGUUGACGUUGGAUUUCAACGAACGCCAGGAAGAGGAAGAAUUCCAAGAUUUGUACGGAGGGGCAAAUCGCCCGGCUGUGCACAAUGUCAAUCGCGAUCGUCGCGGUCGAUUCCAACAUCCCAAAGGUGUUCCAGACGCAGAGUUGAUAUUCGGCGGAGCGAGAAAAAAUCGAUGAAAGUCAGUGAUUUCCGCAACAUGUUCAGGAUGUGAUUGAAAUUUUGAGCAAAUAAGUAAAGAAAACGAUUCAGAAACAUCACGAAGUAAUCCACGGGUGAAAAGCAAAUUUACAAUGGGAUCUUGAUCUUAUUUGACGUCAUAGUUAACAUCAUAUUUCCCCUGCAUCCGUUUUUCUUCCUUGCUGUUCCGCCAGCCGUAAACAAUGUAUACAGACAAGCCUGACAAGACAAAAGAAGUGAAAAAUUACUGUUUGAGUCCAAUACAAAUACUGUUGAUUUUUCUUUUCAA